AUGAAGUUCACCACCCUAAUAACCACCCUCACAACCACCUCCACCACCAUCCUCGCAUACAGCAUCCCACCACGUAACGCGGACAUCACACCUCUCCACCACCGCCAGCAACAAGAAACCCUCCAACAAACUCCCAAAGACUCCUCAAAGAAAUGCACAUUCCGCUCCACGCACCUCCAAUACUGCAACGCCUCCACCCCGCCCCGAACAUCCUACAUCCAAAUCCGCACCAUCUCCCUCCCACCACCGCCCUCUGCACCCCAGCACGCCCGGUUCGUCAACGUCGCUGCGCAGCGGCCGGGGAAUGAGAAUGGGUAUGUGAAGCUAGAGAACAGCAGGGACGUAGAGGAAGGGUAUGAAAUUCAAGGUGUGGGCGAUUUAGAGGAGGAUGAGGCGCCGUUGAGGGUUUGGGCCGAGGGGGAUGAGAUGAGGUUCGAGUAUAAGGGCGAGGUUUGGGGGACUGGAGAGGAGGAGAGGGAGGAUUAUUGGUGCAAGAGUGGGGUUUGGGAUCAGACGUACGGUCGAUUGCAGCUUCUACUGUGGAUCAUGAUGGACUGGAUUCCACCCUUGGCUUUGACACGCGCAAGGGAUCACUAAAGAAA